AUGUCUUUGAAACUUAUGCGCGGAAAACUUGCGCGACAAAUAUUAAAAAAUCUAACCCAAGCUGAGAGUGGACAAAUAAAAACAAAACAUGCCGCGUUAGUUAAGAAUAUAUCGAGGCUCCUCGCCACGCAAACUGCUCCAGUUUUAGAAACUAAUCUUCUUAAUUCGCUCUACGGUGAGGUGGCUGUUGGAAACGAAACUUUGACGGAUCAUGUUUUUAAGGAUGUUAAUCUAUGGCCCAGUGCGCCUUGUGUGACAUGUGGCACUUCAGGACGCUCAUACGAUUAUGGAAUGAUGCAGUUGAUGAUUGAACGAUGUGCGGCAGCGCUAUCUGGUCACUUGAAAUUGUCCCCCGGGGAAAGAAUAGGGUUGAUCUUACCUAAUAUCCCGGAAUUCGUAGUUCUCAUUCACGGAGCUAUGAAGGCUGGACUCGUUGUAACUUUUGCUAACCCAUUAUAUACUUCAGACGAAGUCCGACGUCAAUUUGCCGACUGUAAUGUAAAAGCCAUCGCUACAAUUGAGAUGUUCAUACCAAUGGCAUCGGAAGUUAGUAAAUCGUUGAAGGACUACAAAGGAACUAUUUGGGUUGGCGGUGACGAUGAUAAAGUAACAGGUAUCCACGGUCUCCGAUCACUAUUAAUGGCGGACCAUGACGCAGACUUACCAGAUGUAGAUGCAAACGACGUCUGCCUUAUCCCAUAUUCCAGUGGUACCACAGGUCUGCCCAAGGGAGUAAUGCUCACCCACAAGAAUCUGGUUUCUAAUCUUAAGCAGGUGCAGACACCGAAAUUUAUGAAAUAUGACGGUGAAAAAGGUAAAGGUGACGUAAUUUUGACUGUGCCACCAUUUUUCCAUAUCUACGGCUUCAACGGCAUCUUAAAUUACAAUCUCAUUCUUGGUUAUCACAUUGUGUCGUUACCUAAGUUCACACCAGACGACUACAUCAAAUGCUUGAUAGAAUACCAACCAUCCACCCUCUUCGUGGUUCCAUCUCUUCUGACCUUCUUAGCGACCCAUCCAUCAGUUAAGAAGGAGUAUUUACAAUCUGUGGAUUCCAUUAUGGUCGGAGCAGCACCAACUACGGAAAGCAUGCUGGAGAAGUUCCUACUUAAGGUGGAGAAGACGAAAGAUCAGAUUAAAUUGUUGCAGGGUUACGGUAUGACGGAGAGCUCUCCGGUAACCCUGUUAACGCCGUAUAUCUAUCCCUACGAGAAAAUCGGUUCUAUCGGCCAACUAGUACCUUCCACGCAGGCGAGGGUUAUUUCUCUUACAACAGGCGAAUCGUUGGGACCACACGAAUCUGGGGAGUUGCUGUUAAGGGGACCACAAGUGAUGAAAGGAUAUUGGAACAACGAAGAGGCAACAAAGGAAACGAUAGAUAACGAUGGGUGGCUGCAUACAGGAGACAUUGGAUAUUACGACAAGGAACAUUUCUUCUAUAUCGUAGAUAGGACUAAGGAGCUUAUAAAAGUUAAAGGGAAUCAGGUCUCACCGACUGAAAUCGAGAGCAUCAUAAUGGAGCACCCGGAAGUCGCAGAUGUCGCUGUCGUCGGUAUGCCUGACGCGUUGGCCGGGGAAGUACCUAAAGCGUUCGUAGUACUCAAACCAGAUCAUAAACUAACAGAGAAACAAAUAAUAGACAAUGUCGCACAGAAGUUAGCGAAAUACAAACAUUUAGCAGGCGGUGUUGCAUUUCUAGACGCUAUACCGAGAAACGCUGCCGGAAAGAUUAUGCAUCAUGUGUUCGGUGAGUCGGAAAAAUGGGCAGAUAAAUCCAGUGCGACGUGCGGUAUAUCCGGACGUUCCUACACUUAUGGAAUGAUGAAGGCAAUGAUCGACCGUUUCGGUAAAGCGCUGCUUAGUCAUUUGAAGUUAGUACCAGGGGAUCGUAUUGGUAUAAUACUUCCCAACAUGCCGGAGUUUGUUACUAUCGUCCAUGGCGCCAUGCAAGCUGGUCUCGUUGUGACAUUUAUCAAUCCUUUGUAUACUCCAGAUGAGGUACGUAGACAGUUUGCCGAGUGUAAUGUGAAAUCCAUUGCUACGAUAGAUAUGUUCAUGCCAGUUGCGAUGGAAGUAAGCAAACACCUUAAAGAUUACAAAGGCACGAUUUGUGUUGACGGAAGCAAUGAUCCUGUUAAAGGCAUACAUGGCUUCCAAUCCUUGAUGUCGGCGGAGCAUAAGGCAGAUCUUCCAAAAAUAGAUCCUAACGACGUCUGCUUAAUUCCGUUCUCUAGCGGCACAACAGGUUUACCCAAAGGAGUAUUGCUGACACAUAAUAAUCUAGUGGCUAAUGUUAAGCAGUUGUGCCGACCAGAGUUCAUGAAACACAAAGGCAAUAAAGGUACCGGUUCUGUUACAUUGACAAUACCACCGUACUUCCAUAUUUACGGUUUUAACAGCGUCCUUAAUUACAUCCUAACUAUUGGAUCCCAUAUUAUUUCGAUGCCGAAGUUCACACCAGAGAUUUACCUUCAAACGUUAAUUAAGUAUCGUCCAGUUGAUCUUUUCGUUGUACCCUCCUUACUGGUAUUCUUAACCAACCACCCGGCGGUUAAGAAGGAGCAUUUAGAGCGUAUAGAAAGUGUCACAGUUGGGGGUGCACCAGCAACAAACAGUAUACUUGAAAAAUUUGUCCAAAAGGCUGGCAAAACAAAAGAUGAGAUCGCACUUCUUCAAGGUUAUGGUAUGACUGAAAGUUCGCCGGUCGUUUUCGUAACACCGUAUUCCUACCCUCACGAAAAGGUCGGUACUAUUGGACAAAUUGUGCCCUCUACCGAGGUGAAGCUUGUUUCAAUCACCACAGACGAGGCGGUGGGUCCAAACGAAUCUGGUGAAAUAUACGUUAGAGGACCACAGGUGAUGAAAGGCUACCUAAAUAACGAAGAAGCUACUAAGGAAACCGUAGAUAGUGAAGGAUGGCUGCAUACAGGUGAUGUGGCUUACUAUGACAACGAACAUUACUUUUAUAUAGUUGACCGAACAAAGGAACUCAUUAAAGUAAAAGGAAACCAGGUUUCUCCAACGGAAAUCGAAAAUGUAAUACUUCAACACCCGGAAGUGGCAGAUGUCGCUGUUAUCGGUAUCCCAGAUGAACGCUCCGGGGAAGUACCCAGAGCGUAUGUCGUUCUAAAACCAGGCCAAACAAUCACUGCGAAAAAAAUCUAUGAUACAGUUGCUGAAAAACUAAUUAAAUAUAAAAGCUUAGAAGGCGGUGUUGAAUUUAUAGACGCCAUACCCCGAAACGUUGCUGGCAAAAUCAUGCGUCGUGAACUCAAAGCUUUAAUUAAGUAA